AGCCUGGAAGCAGCAACAGUGACUCGCGCGGCCGCUGCCUCCACGGUACUCAUUGCUGUAUUGCCGAUGAUUUGUGAGACACUGCUCCAUGACCUGGUGUUUCUUGGCUAAAAGUCGAUGUCGUAAAGUGCCAGAGAUGGAAAUAAUGGCCGAAAGUGAAAUACAGGCACAGGUGUCCACAGUAUUAUGAGCGAAGACAAGCGUGCUUUGGCAGUAUGACUGUGUCAGUGAAGUGUUGUGUAGCACGGCACUCCCUGAUGGCCGCCCCCUAAGAUGGUGCUGGUGGAGAUGGCCGGGGCGGAGGACACCAUCUACCUGUGCAACUUCCGGGUUUCUGUGGAUGGUGAUUGGCUGUGCUUGAAGGAGCUGGCCGAGGGAGGCAACAGCAGCACAGGGGUCGCGAAGGACAGCUCUGCGUCCUCGUCCCCAGGGUCACCCCCGCCCUCAGAGCGGGACCCUGUGUGCAUUGAGCGCAGCAACUUAGUCAACAUCUGCAAGUUGGUGGUGAAGGAACUCAUUGAAUCCUCCCUAAAGUUUGGCCGCCAACUGGACUCGGACUCAGUGCCGUUGCAACACUUCUUCAUUGUCUUGGAACAUGUCUUGCGGCACGGACUCAAGCCCAAACGGGGCUUAUUGGGACCAAAGAAGGAGCUGUGGGACCUUUUUCAAUUGGUGGAGAAAUGGAGCUACGAGGCUCAGGACAUCACAGCCAGUGUUCGGGACUUGCCCACUGUCAAGACUCACAUUGGGAGAGCACGUGCAUGGCUGCGACUUGCUCUCAUGCAGAAGAAACUUGCCGAUUAUUUCCGGCUGCUUAUUGAACGAAGGGACGAGCUGCUGACAGAAUUUUACGAGACAGGUGCACUGAUGUUGGCAGACGAGGCAAUAGUGAUCAUGGGCCUCCUGGUGGGCCUUAAUGUGAUUGACUGCAACUUGUGUGUUAAGGAGGAGGACCUUGACAGCCAAAUGGGGGUGAUUGACUUCUCUUUGUACUUGCGUAACACUGGGGCUGACCCGAGCCCUGAUGACAACCUGGAGCAGACGGACAUGACCACCGUGCUGGACCAGAAGAACUACAUUGAAGAGCUGAACCGCCACCUCAAUGCCACAGUGACCAACCUUCAGGCCAAGAUGGAGACUCUGAUAACCACCAAUGCCUUAAUGAAAGAAGACUUGUCCAUUGCGAAGAACACUAUCUUGCACAUGCAGGAAGACAAUGACCGCCUCAGGAAAGACAAAGGCCUGCCCACCCAGCAGCAACAGGAGCAGCUGGAGAAGGAGGCCCAGAAGGCAAAUCGUGUGAGUGUGAUUGGCUGUGAGGAGGAGAUGCAGGACCUCAAGUUGCAGCUGGAGGAGGAGAGUGCCCACAGGAAGCAGGUGGAGAAGGAGCUUGAGUUACAGAUCCAGAUGAAGGCAGAGAGUGAGAUGGCGGCCAAACUGCUGGAGAAGGACAUACAUGAGAAACAGGAUACCAUCAUCUCCCUUCGACAGCAGCUGGACGAGAUUAAGGUCAUCAACUUGGAAAUGUACAGAAAGUUGCAGGAAUGCGAGAGCUCAUUAAAACAGAAAACCGAACUCAUCGGUCGUCUGGAGGCCAAGGCAGCAGAAAUGGCAGAGACUAUUCGCAAUUUGGAGUCACAGUAUGAGGAGUGUCUGCUUCAGAAAGAGGCAGCCAAGACCACUGCUCAGAAGCUCAGUGACAAGGUGUGUGAUGGGGAGGUGCAGUCGUCCACCCUAGAGACAGACCUCAAAAUAGAGCGUGAGUGGCGCCAGUCCUUGCAGGAGACACUGGUGAAGGAUAGAGAGGCAAAGGCAGAGCUUCAGCAGCAGGUCAAGGAACUGGGCAAGCAGAGAGAAGAAUACCUGGUUUUGAAAGCAGCACACAUGCAACUGAUUUCUACUGUUGAGAACCAAGAGAGAACUCUUGAAGAGCUGGGAGCCCACUUGUCUGAGUCUAAGCUGAAGAUGGCUGAUCUGCGGGAUGUGAGCAAGUCCCUGCGUGAUGCACAGUGGGCUCCCGACAAGGAGGCAAACAAAUGUCGCCUCUGUGAGAAAGAAUUCAGCAUUGCUCGUCGCAGGCACCACUGCCGGCACUGUGGGAACAUAUUUUGUCACAGUUGCAGUGACAACACAAUGCCACUUCCCUCUUCAGCUCGGCCAGUCAGGGUGUGUGACGCCUGCCAUACCCAGUUGUUGGAACGGUACUCCAAUUCUGAAAACUAGUGUCUGGGUGGCUGUUAACACGUCCAAACAAUCCUGUCCAUUUGUUUAGAGGCCGGUUAUAUGCAUUUCCGUAACCAUGACUGCAUGAAUUUGCUCUUUGUGUCAAAGCUGGAAAUGGUGCAACAUUUUGUACAUUCAUGUAAAUCUGGAGAGCUGUGAAUAAUGUCAAUACAAGUAGGAAUCUUUAUAAUUUUUUAACUAGAGAUUCAUGUAUGUGGUUAGUGACAGGUUAGUGAAGGAGGGGUGCUUGGCUAGGCUCAUCCUCCCAUUCUUCCAUAGGAAUCACAUGUGGCCACCUACUUCACUACUAUGAGCUUCUUGUUCUUGCAGAGGGAAGAACAUGAUUAUGGGGAAAGACUUCAAAGGUAUUUUUUGUAAAAGAUCUGAUCUACAUUUAAGCAACAAGAAAUAUGC